AUGUUGGUGACUAUAAUCUUCAACUCUGCGAAUUCUCAAAAAGCCUCACUAAUCGGGCUUAUACCUGGUACACCACGUUGGCGCCAGCACGAGGAGAGGGUUACCACCACACAGCUCAACAACACUCGCCAAAAGCAAGGGGAGGAUCCUGUGGACUUUUUACGAAGAUUCCGGGACUUGGCUCUCGACUGUUAUGACGAAAAAGAUGAGAAGGAAGCCCAUCAAACGCUAGCCGUAAAUGAUAAGUCAUCCAAUGACUACAACUCAAGCAAAAGAAAGCAUAGGGAGACAUACCCUUCAUUGCCGUGCAAGGACGAAGAAUUUCAUGCCAUUCUUGACACGAUGAUUGCUGACGGCGCAAUCAAGCCCCUUAGGCCCUACAAGAUCCCUACUAGGGAAGAAAAAAAUGAUCCCAGGUACUACCUUUACCAUCAAUUUGUAGGGCAUCCAACUAUUGCCUGCCAGAGCUUAAGGAGGAUCUUACAUGGUAAAAUAAACGAAGGGGUUCUUGAGCUUCCCUCUAGGAAGCAAACUAUCGAUGAGGAUCCUUUACCAAAGCGAAGGGGAAAACAGGUAGCUGCUGUUGUAACAUGUUCUGACGAUCUGCUCGAUGAUGAUGAACUGUGUCACCCAUGGAAGAACGACCCGAAGCCACCUGAGGCUAUUUGGGAGCCUUGUGGAAACAUGGAGAAAGCUUACUGGCAAAAAUAUUCAAAACCUUCAAGCUACAAUAUGCGAUGGCCACUUGUUGACGGAUGGGACAGCUGUGCAGACAACGAAGUAUUUAUGUUGGACAUGCCGGAAGAACAAUGCCUGGGAACCUCCUCUGGGCAGCAGGAAACGGCUGCUGUAACAUUUCAUGCUCUUACAGAAGCUGAGGCAACUGUAAUGGAGUGUUACCUAGGUUUGAAGCAAGGACCUACAGCUUCGCAAGUUCUCCAAAGAAAUCCAAAGUUCCAGUCACUCUUUGACCAGCUUGGUUUUGGACCUCAGGCAAGGGAAGCAGCUGUUGUAGCUCUCAUGAACAUUUCCGCAGAAUCUAAUCCCCAUUGCUUCGCCGCUCAACCCCAAAGGUCAUUCUUGGAAAAUGAUAAUGCUAUCGUUUUCACGGAUGAAGACAUGGAGGUCCCAUAUCUGGAUCACAGGAGGCCACUUUAUUUGGAGGGACAAAUCAACGAUGUAUUUAUAAGAAGGGCUUUGGUAAACACGGGUUCCUCUGUCAACAUAUUACCCUUGUCCGUGCUUACAGCAGCUGGCAUUCCAUUAUCCAAAAUUGUCCAAUCGCAAACAAGCAUCAGUGGUUUCGGGAACAAGAGUGAAGUCACAGUCGGGCACAUGCAAGUAAAUUUGAAGGUUGGACCGAUUCGGUCACUUACUAAGUUCUAUGUCGUAGAUGUGGAUGUGGCUUAUCAUGCUUUGUUUGGGAGGCCAUGGCUUAAUAAGCAUAAGCUUGUGGUCUCUACUUACCAUCAGUGCAUGAAGGAAAGGAUUGGGCUAAGGCCGCUACGAAUACCCAGAAAUCAAGCACUGUUCAACAAGAAUGAAGCUCACUACUCUGAGGCAGAGUUUUACAUUGAAUGCACAGGUGCUGGAAGCAACCCGUCCAAGGAUUUCGAGACUUACCUUCCUUCGUGGACUGAAAUUCGUGAUCUAAGCAAUGAGAAGCUCAUCACCAUUAUCGACUGA